GCACAGUGGUUGAAAAACACUGAUCCAGAUCAUGAGAUAUUGUCGCUGCAUAAAGGGUCACGUGACAUGACAGCAUGAAGGUGGCAGGCGAUGAUGUCAUAAAGGCCUCCAUGUCCCUGCUGCAACGGGCUCAGCUUUUGUCGGCUUUAUUUGGCAAAGUAGCCGACCUCCAAGAAAAGCCAGAUGAACAACCGCAAUCUCCCCGCCGAGGAGGAUGAUCUCUACUCUGGCUACAAUGACUUCAAUCCACUUUUUGACUGCAAGGAGCUGGAGAACGAUGUGGGCUUCCAAGAAGCCGUCAGGAGCAGUCAGGGAAGAAAGCCCCUCAUGCAGCCGAUUAUUGGACAUCUUCCUGACAUCACCACAGGGGGGCGACCUUUAAGUUCUUCCUCUGGAUCUAGGACCCCCAUGCUGCCCAUUAGCAGACCAGUGACAGGAGCCGUGCAGCAGAGUAGUGUCGCUCGCCCCAUGUCAGCCAUCAGUGCAGCAGGUUACUCCUCCUCCCCGACCCGCUCCUUAGCCUUUGACCCUCUGGGCCAGUCCAGAGGCCCCGCACCCCCACUUGAAGAAAGGAAAGACGACGCGUCUGAGGAGAAGAUCAAGAUGCUGGAGAAGAAAGUGAACGACUUGACAACCGAGAGCUGCAUGGCACAAAGUGUAGGAAACUCCCAACUGGCUCUGGAAAAAGCCAAAGAGGCUGAAAGGAAGGAAAGAGCGCUGGUCCGACAGAGGGAGCAGUCUGACAGUGCAGAACAAACCAACAUAGAUCUGAUCUACGCUGUUCUUCUCAACCUGGCUAACCAGUAUGAAAACAAUGAGAUGUAUCCUGAAGCCCUGAGCAGCUACCAGCUCAUUGUGAAGAACAAGAUGUUUACUAACGCAGGCAAGCUAAAGGGCUGCUCUCCAGGUCGUCUAAAGGUGAACCUGGCCAACAUCUUUGUCAAGCAGAAGAACUACCCCAAAGCCAUCAAAUUCUACCGCAUGGCACUGGACCACAUCUCGGACGACUACAAGGAGAUAAGGAUCAAGAUCAUGCAGAACAUCGGCACGGUCUUCGUUCUGUUGGGCCAGUACUCGGACGCCAUCACAUCCUUUGAGCACAUCAUGAGUGAGAGUCCCAACAUCAGGACGGGCUACAACCUCAUCCUGUGCUACUACGCCAGCAGAGACGGGGAUGGCAUGAAGAUCGCCUUCCAGAAGCUGCUCUCUGUCCCGCUGGGCAUCGACGACGAAGACAAGUACAUCUCGGUUAAUGACGACAUCAAAUCCAACAUGUUGAUUGAGGCCAUUAAGGAUGACAAGCUCCACCAAAUGGAGAGAGAGUUGAAAGCUCGGGCUGAGAAGUACGUGAUGACAGCCGCCAAGCUCAUUGCUCCGGCCAUCGAGUCUUCUUUCGCUGCUGGAUUUGACUGGUGUGUUGACUUGGUGAAGAGCUCUCAGUACGUGGAGCUGGCCAACGACCUGCAGUUGAAAAAGGCCAUGACUUUCUUCAGACAGAUGCACUUUGACCAGGCCAUGAAAAUCCUAAAGGAAGUAGCCAAGCAGGACAGCAGAGUAAAGAGCGCCGCCUCGAACAACCUCUGCAGCCUCUAUAUCCUGGAGAAGGACUACGAGCAGGCUGACAGAUACGCAGAUCUGGCCAUGAACGCUGACCGCUACAACCCAGGAGCUUUUGUGUGCAAGGGCAACACAGAGUUUGUCAAACAGGACUACGUGAAGGCAGCAGAGUUCUUCAAAGAAGCUCUGAGGAACGACUCCUCCUGCACCGAGGCCCUCAGAAACCUGGGUCUGACGUACAAGAAGUUGAGUCGUCUGGAGGACGCUCUGGACUGCUUCCUGAAGCUCCACGCCAUUCUCAGGGAUAGUGCCGAGGUCAUGUAUCAGCUGGCCGACACCUAUGAGCUUCUGGAGGAUCCCCAGCAGGCAGUGGAGUGGCUGAUGCAGGUCAUCAGCGUGGUGCCCAACGACCCCAAGGCUUUGGCCAAACUGGGAGAUCUGCACGACCUGGAUGGGGACAAGUCCCAGGCGUUGCACUACUACUGUGAGUCCUUCCGCCUCUUUCCUUGCAACAUGGAAGUGAUCGAGUGGUUGGCGGCCUACUACGUCCAGACGCAGCUCUACGAGAAGGCCAUCCAGUACUUUGAGAGAGCCAUACUCGUGCAACCAAGCGAGGUACGCUGGCAGCUGCUGGUUGCGAGCUGUUACAGGAGAAGUGGAAACAACCAGAAAGCUCUAGAAACCUACAAAGAAAUCCACCGCAGGUUCCCAGAAGACGCUCAAUGUCUGCGCUUCCUGGUGAGGAUCAGCCAGGACCUGGGCCUGAAAGAAGUCCAGGACUACACCAGCAAGCUGAGCAAGGUGGAGAAGAUGAAGGAGCUGAGAGAGCAGAGGGCGAAGGCAGCACGGGAAGGCAGCAGGAGCAGGAGAGCAGACAGCACUGACAGCACCGACAGCAGUAACAGUAAAGCAGAGCGUCCGGGCGCCCAGGUGAUGUCACUUCCUGUCUCCGGCGAGCCUUACGAGAGCAGCAGCAGCCCCAAAGAGCUCGACGCUUCCUACGUGGACCCACUGGGACCCCCUGCUGACACGCCCAGGACGGGGGCCAGGAAGCGGGCGGACGACGACGUCUUUGCGGGGGAAGAUGUGGGAGACCAGCUGCUGCCCGAGUAACGUGUGUGUGUGUGUGUGUG